UCCAGCCCCCUGCCCUUUCAAUGUCCAUGAGAUCAUAAUGCAGCAGAAGAACACUGAAACCCAGCUAUUUACGGAGUGUUCGUUAUAAUCAAAGGAAGGAUUAUGGCUUCAGAAGCGAUGGAAUUGAAUGGAGAUGCUAACAGAAGUGAUUCAAGAGAGAUUCAGGAGAACCCAAAGGAAGAAAGGCAGCAGUCUGAUCGUCCUCGGCAGAGCCACUGGUCAAGGAACACCCCAAUUAACAUGAACCACUAUGCCAAUAAGAAGAGUGCAGCAGAGAGCAUGCUGGAUAUCGCGCUGCUGAUGGCCAACGCCUCCCAGCUGAAGACCAUCCUGGAGCUGGGACCCACGUUCUCCUUCUACAUUCCUCUCAUCAGCCUCAUCAGCAUCUCCCUCAUCCUACAGAUCAUCGUGGGGGUCUUGCUUAUCUUCAUAGUGAAGUGGAAUCUGAAUGACACAAGUAAACACUACAUACUGAAUCUUCUGGAGAACAUCGUCACAGCUCUCGUCUUUGUCAUCGUAGUAGUAAAUGUUUUCAUCACAGCAUUUGGCGUCCAAAGACCAGAGGACACAAAAUCAUGACUGGCAACAUGAGUUUAGGAUUUCAUACAAUUACACAUUUUUGGACAUUUACUAUCAAACAUCAAGCAAGUUGUCAUGACAUAUUCAAAUGUGCCUCGAUGUAAAUAUGCCUUAUGUUUUGCAGAAACUUUUUUUAGUCCCAAAAUGAGCUAAUAACAGCUUAAGCAGGGCUGUACGUUAACUUUUUUUCACAUAGCACUGGUGCUACAGAGGUUGAAAGUUUUGUAGCA